AUGCCUUCACAUCGCCUGCGAAUCGACGGCCAGCUCUUCCGCGACAAUCAGAACCGCCAAGUCACGCUUCAUGGCAUCAACAUAGCAGGCGAUACCAAAGUCCCAGCGACACCUAAUGUACCAUCUCACGUGAAAGAGCACUUCUUCGACGGCGACGAUGUCUCCUUCGUAAACCGACCCUUUCCUCUUUCCGAUGCACAUUCGCACUUCUCGCGACUACGACGAUGGGGCUACAACACAAUACGAUAUAUCUUCACCUGGGAGGCGCUGGAACACGCCGGACCAGGAAAGUACGAUGACGACUUUGUAAACUUCACGAUAUCAGUAUUACGGAUAGCGAAAGAGUAUGGUUUCUACAUCUACAUGGACCCGCAUCAGGAUGUCUGGAGCAGAUUCACCGGGGGUAGCGGAGCACCAAUGUGGACAUUGUAUGCGUGUGGAUUUGACCCUCACAGGUUCCUGGCAGGACAAUCGGCCUUGGUACAGAACAUGUUCCCGAAUCCUGCUGAGUUUCCCAAGAUGGUCUGGGCGACAAACUACCAACGACUGGUUGCGCAGACCAUGUUCACGUUGUUCUUUGCUGGCAAGGACUUUGCCCCGAAAUGCGUAAUUGAUGGGAAGAAUAUCCAGGAUUAUCUGCAAGAACACUUCGUCGGCGCAUGUCAGCAUUUGGCGCAAAAGAUCCAUGACGCAGGAGAUCUUGAGGGCGAGGUUGUGAUCGGGUACGAGAGCAUGAACGAGCCCAACAAGGGACACUUUGGACACCCAGACUUGAACGCGAUACCGAAAGAACAGAACUUGCGAAAAUGGACCGCCCCGACUGCAUUCCAGGCGAUGCUGACAGGGUUGGGCAGAGCAGUGGAGAUUGAUACUUGGGACUUUGGCAGCCUUGGGCCGUACAAGAGCGGGACAGAACUGAUCGAUCCGAAGGGUACCACAACAUGGCUUGAUCCCGCGACAUGGGACGAUACAAAGUAUGGCUGGAAGCGAAGUCCGGACUGGAAACUGGGGGAGUGUAUAUGGGCACAGCACGGGAUCUGGGACCCUUCAAAAGACGAGCUACUACUUCCACAAUACUUUGCGAAGCGGCCUAAGACAGGUGAACAGCUGGAUCAGGAUGUGUUCACAAACACCAACUUCAUGGACUUUUAUCGCAGAUACAGGGACGCUAUCCGGAACGUCUGGCCUGAAAGUUUCAUGCUACUGCAGCCCACACCGUUCGAGAUCCCACCAGAAAUCAAAGGCACAGCAGAUGACGACAAGAACAUGAUCUUUGCUUCCCACUUCUACGAUGGUAUCACGCUUAUUACCAAGAAGUGGAACAAAAUCUGGAACAUCGAUGUGCUUGGCGUACUCCGUGGCCGCUACUCGAAUCCCGCGUUUGCUAUCAAGUUGGGUGAAACUGCAAUACGGAACUGCUUCAAGGACCAACUGACCGCGAUACGGAAAGAAGGCAUCGACAACAUGGGUGUGCAUCCGUGUCUAUACACCGAGAUUGGCAUACCAUACGACAUGGACGACAAAUACGCCUAUAAGACCGGAGACUACAGUGCACAAUCCGCCGCUAUAGAUGCCAACUUCUACGCAGUGGAAGGAAGUGGCGUCCAGGGGAUGGCGUGGUGGACAUACACUGUAAACAACAGCCACUACUGGGGCGAUCAAUGGAACGGCGAAGACCUGUCACUAUACUGCGCAGAGGACAAGGCUUUACCAGCUCCGUCAUACGCCGAGAACGGCAGCAAACUCUCCCUCAAUCCCUCAAGCCCUUCAUACUCGGAAUCACAAUCUGAAUCGAACGAACCCGUCACACCGAGCAGUCUCCAGAAGACAUUAUCAGUAGAAGGCAUGGAGACUUCAAUCCGCGAAGAAAAGAAAGGCUACCGCGCAGCGGAAGCAUACAUCCGACCGAACCCCGUCAUGGUCCAUGGCACAAUCAACUCCUACGGCUUCGACUUGAAAAACUGCAUCUUCAACCUCAACAUCACUGCCCCUAGCUCGACACCUACAGAUCAUCCCACCGAAAUCUUCUUACCCGAGUACCACUUCCCUCAGAACGAUGGCAGGACCCACGUCGAAGCGAGUGGUGGCAAGUGGGAGAUCAGGAUCAUCGAUGUUGGGCCUGAAAGUGAGGGCGCGACGCAGCAGGUUCUGAGGUGGUGGCAUGGUGAGGGUGAGCAGAAGGUUAAGGUUACUGGAGUGAAGAGGAAGAGGGGGCAGGUUGGCGAUAGUGCGGCGGAUGGUGUUGUGCCUGAGGACUCGUAUUUGGAGACUUAUACGAAGAAUUGUGCGGUUAUGUAA